AUGGAGCAGCAUUUCGCCGGCACCUUCCCGCCGGGAUCAUACCACCAGCACCGCUGCUACAACGCCGCCGCCGCUGCACCGUCGUCUGACUACGACACGAGCGACAUGGACGACAUGACCUUCCUCGGCACCCUCUUGGAGUUCACGGAUCAUGCCUCCUGCUCCGACCCCUCUCUCUCUUCAAGCUCGUCAUCCUCCGACAUGACGGGCGUCGGGGCUGCCGCGCCACAUGUGCCCGCGGGCAGCAGCUCGCCGAAGCGCCGCGGUCACCAUGCCCCCGCGGCCAUGCCCAUUGCCAAUGACUUCAUCGGGGUGCGCACGCGCCCGUGGGGCAAGUACGCGGCCGAGAUCCGGGACUCGACGCGGAACGGCGCCCGCGUGUGGCUCGGCACCUUCGGCAGCCCCGAGGCCGCCGCCAUGGCCUACGACCAGGCCGCCUUCUCCGCGCGCGGCGACGCGGCCGUGCUCAACUUCCCCGUCGAGCGCGUCCGGGAGUCGCUCCGCGCGCUCGCGCUCGGCGCCGUCGUGGGCUCGCCCGUGCUCGCGCUCAAGCGCCGCCACCGCAUGCGCAGGCGUUCGCCCAACAAGAGGCCCGUGAAGCAGCAGCGCCGGGUUGCCGCCGUGCAGGAGGCAGCCCGGUCUGCGACGACCGGUGCGGUGGUGCUGGAGGACCUCGGCGCCGAGUACCUGGAGGAGCUCCUCCGGGUGUCCGAAGCGACAUCGAGUGCAGCCGAUUGCCCCAUCCCAACCAUGGACCAUCCAUAG